CGCUUUCCCAAGGAGAAAUGAAGAAGAAAACUGUGUGUACCCUGCACAUGGGAGAUCAGGAGUAUGAAGAUACAGAAGGUGAAGGAAGCAGAAAUAAUACUGCUGCCACUGGUCUGUUGUACAACGAAGCAGACAGAUGUCCAAUAUGUCUCAAUUGUCUAUUAGAGAAGGAAGUUGGUUUUCCAGAAAGUUGUAAUCAUGUCUUCUGUAUGACCUGUAUUCUUAAGUGGGCAGAGACACUGGCUUCAUGUCCUAUUGACCGAAAACCUUUUCAGGCAGUGUUUAAAUUCAGUGCUUUGGAAGGUUGUAUUAAGGUUCAAGUAAAAAGACAGUUGAGAGACACAAAGGAAAAGAAAAAUGAAAUCUCUCUUAAGAAACAGCUAUCCUGUCAUGAAAGAUCUGAAGGCCUCCUUCUAAGCAAAAAGGCCAUCAUAAGAGAAGAUCUGUUAAGUGCAAGAUUUUAUGACUUGACUCUGAUACAUAAUCUGGCACUGGUGCUGUGUGACUUCUCGCUUUUCACCAAAGUGAAGAUGAUCAUGAAAGGAAACUCUUCAUACAGUAAGGGAGGAAAGACAAAUGCAACAAUAAAGAUAGAUAAGACUCGAAGAUCAAAUCGGUGUACAAGUUAUUUCAGAAAUUUUUUCUCCAAUAUAUUUUCUUCUGGUAGUCACAAUGGAGAAUCUUCCUUUACUUGUAGAGCUUACUGUACAGAAUUUAUAGAAGUCAAUGAAAUCAGUGCCUUGAUUAGGCAGAAGAGACAGGAACUGGAAUUGUCAUGGUUUCCUGAUUCAUUUCCUGGAAUUGGAAGAAUUGGUUUUUUACCUUGGAAUGUUGAAGCAGAAGUUCUUCCUCUCAUUUCUUAUGUGUUGCCAAGAACUAUUUUUCCAACAAGUACCAUGUCUUUAGAAAAUUUUGGUCCUUCUUGCAAGGGAUAUGCACUAGCACAUACCCAAGAAGGAGAAGAAAAGAAACAAACUUCUGGCACUUCAAAUACCAGAGGAUCAAGACGAAAACCUGCAGCAACUCCUACAAGGAGAUCUACACGUAACACAAAAGCUGAGACAUUCAGUCAAUCUCAGAUAUCUCCAACAUCAAAUAAUUCUGGGUGUGAUGCCCCAGGUAACAGUAAUCCUUCUAUAAGUGUUUUCUCUUCACCUGAGUCAGAAAAGCAAACAAGACAGCCUCCAAAACGGAAGUCUGUAAGAAGAGGAAGAAGACCACCUGUAUUAAAAAAGAAACUUCGGCGAUCUGCACCUCUUCCUGAAAAACCAUCGUCUAGUGAUUCAGUAGAGGAAGAAACACUGGAAUCUGACACACCACCUGUGUUAGAGAAAGAGCAACAAUCAGAUAAAGAAGAAAGUGCUAACAUUUUUUCUGUGCAGACAGAUGUAGAAAAUCAGUCUGCUAACUGCUUGAAAAGCUGCAGUGAACAAACAGAAGAAAAUGAAUGCACGGAGAAUCAUGGUAUAGAGGAAAAAGUAGAAUCUUCAUAUUCUGGUGCUGAUGGUCCUCCUGUGUUAGUUGGAGAGUGGGAAAAAGAUAAAAAUCCUGAGGAUACAGAUGUAGAGGCUGACAUUUUGAAUUUAAAAAGUGAAAUUUCUAAAGAUAGUUUUGAAAAAGGAAGUGAUCCAUUAGAAAGACAAGACCAGAUACCAGAAUCUUCAGAAUCAGAGGUAAAGACAUGUACAAAGCCUCCAGGUAAUUUUUUUACAUGUUCAGGAUCUGAAAUUGAAGAACACCAACCUGUAUCUAGUCCUCACAGUGAGAUACCUGAGAAUGCAGAAUUAGUGACUAAUGAACAAAAAGUAAUAGAGAACCCCACAGCGGAAAUUCUUGAUCAUCAAGAUUCAGUUGUAAAAGUAGAAGAGCUUGUAGAGAGCACCAAGUUAGAAUCUUCUGAGGGUGAAGUUAUACUAACAGUGGACAGAAAAACAGUUGAGACCUCAGAGAUUGAGUCAGUUGGCCAUACUGAAACUAAAGAUGCAGAAAUAACAGCAAUAUUUAGAACUUCAGGAAGUGAAAAUUUUAAUAGCACUCAAGACUCUGAAGCUAACUCCAAAUUGGAUGAGUCUUUAGAAGAAAAGACUGAAUCUGUAGUUGAAUGUCCCAGAUCUCUAGAGUUGCUUAAUACACACGCUGAACAGACUGAGAAGCAUUUUAGUGAGGACAACAAUGAAAUGAUACCUAUGGAGUGUGACUCACUUUGUAGUGACCAAAACGAAUCUGAAAUUGAAUCAUCUGUAAGUGCUGAUUCUAAGCAACUGAUUGAAAAUUCUGUGGUACACAGUUCUGAAAAUAAUAUGCCAUAUUCCUAUCCUGCAAAUGAGAAGGUUGAAACUGUAUCUCAGCCAUCUGAAACCCCAAUAGAUACAGUAGAUAAGGCCAAAAAACCCCGUACUCGAAGGUCUAGAUUUCAUUCUCCAUCUACAACUUGGUCUCCCAACAAAGACAUUGUACAAGAAAAGAAACGCUCUCAGUCUCCAUCUCCCAAAAGAGAAACCGGAAAAGAAAGCCAGAAGUCUCGAACACCAUCUCCUAAGAAAGAAUCUGCUAGGGGACGCAGAAAAUCUCGUUCUCAGUCUCCCAAAAAAGAUACCACGAGAGAAAGGAGGUGUUCUCAGUCUCGGUCUCCAAAAAGAGAUAGUAUUAAGGAAGGCAAAAGAUCCAAUUCACCAUCUCCAAGAAGAGAAACGUGUAGAGAGAACCGAAGAUCUCAAUCAAAGCUGAAAGAUUCAUCUUCAAGAGAAAAAUCUAGGUCCCAGAGCAGAGAGAGAGAAAAUGAGAGAGAUGGGCAGAGGAGAGAUCGAGACAGAGAUAGGAGAACCCGGAGGUGGUCUCGAUCCAGAUCUCGGUCUAGGUCACCAUCAAGAUCUAGGACAAAAAGUAAGAGUUCAUCUUUUGGUAGAAAUGAAAGAGAUAGUUAUUCUCCUCGGUGGAAGGAAAGAUGCACAAAUGAUGGUUGGAGAUGUCCACGAGGGAAUGAUCGGUACAGAAGAAAUGACCCGGAGAAACAGAAUGAAAAUAUAAAAAAAGAAAAAAAUGACGGUCAAGAUGCUGAUGAUUCAUAUUCUGCUGACAAACAUAGAAAUGACUGUCCCAGUUGGGUAACAGAAAAAAUAAAUUCUGGGCCUGAUCCAAGGACCAGAAAUCCAGAAAAGUUAAAAGAUUCCCACUGGGAAGAAAACAGAAAUGAAAAUUCAGGGAAUUCUUGGAAUAAAAACUUUGGUUCAGGUUGGAUGUCUAACCGUGGUAGAGGUAACCGUGGUAGAGGUGCUUACAGAGGCAGUCUUGCCUAUACAGAUCAGAACGAAAAUAGGUGGCAGAACCGAAAACCCCUCUCAGGGAAUUCAAAUAGUUCAGGGAAUGAGUCUUUCAAGAUUCUGGAACAGCAACCCUAUAAACAGAAAAGUGAGCAAGAGUUCUCGUUUGAUACACCAGCAGAUAGGUCAGGGUGGACAUCUGCAUCUAGUUGGGCUGUGAGAAAGACUCUGCCAGCAGAUGUGCAAAAUUAUUACUCACGGCGAGGGAGGAAUUCUUCCGGUCAACAGUCUGGAUGGAUGAGACAAGAGGAAACAACUGAACAGGAGUCUAACCUAAAAGACCAAACAAACCAGCAAAUUGAUGGUUCUCAGCUACCUGUAAAUAUGAUGCAACCACAGAUGAAUGUAAUUCCACAACAAAUGAACACCCAGCACCAGCCUAUGAAUAUCUUCCCAUAUCCAGUGGGUGUUCAUGCGCCUGUGAUGAACAUUCAGCGCCAUCCCUAUAACAUUCAUCCUCAGCUGCCCUUGCAUCUGCACACAGGAGUGCCUCUCGUGCAGGUAGCUGCUCCUCCCACUGUCACUCAGGGAUUGCCCCCGCCACCGCCACCGCCACCACCCUCCCAGCAAAUCAACUACAUAGCUGCACAACCAGAUGGAAAGCAACCACAGGGUAUUCCUAAUGCUUCUCAUGUAAGUAAUAACAUGAGUACACCAGUCUUGCCUGCUCCGACAGCAGCCCCAGGAAAUACGGGAACAGUUCAGGGGCCAAGUUCUGGUAACACUUCGUCAUCGAGUCACAGCAAAGCCUCUAAUGCUGCUGUAAAAUUGGCAGAAAGCAAAGUAAGUGUUACAGUGGAAGCCAGCGCAGAUAGCUCGAAGACAGACAAGAAAUUACAAAUUCAGGAAAAAGCGGCACAGGAGGUAAAACUGGCAAUUAAGCCAUUUUACCAAAACAAAGAUAUCACCAAGGAAGAAUAUAAAGAGAUUGUACGGAAAGCAGUAGAUAAAGUUUGUCAUAGUAAGAGUGGAGAAGUAAAUUCUACUAAAGUGGCAAAUCUGGUUAAAGCCUAUGUAGACAAAUACAAAUACUCACGGAAGGGGAGCCAAAAGAAAACUGUGGAGGAGCCUGUGUCUGCUGAGAACAACACAGGCUGAGAUGAGGAAUGCUGUGUGGACAUUACCAAGAUGCCUGCGAAGUGCAAUUCCAACACGAACCAUUAGGAGAAAAUCAUGCAUACCUGACUGAAAUGGGUUUUGAUAAAAUUAUUUUUUUUAAUGUAGGAUAGGAUGUUUUGUUCUAAAUAAAUAUAGUUCUGCACUGCAACUUCCAUAUCCACACCCUCACCUCAAAUACAUUCAAGAAGAGAGUCAAAGGUUUAAAGGAAUGUGCAUUUUUACGAGAACUGUGUACUGUGGAUACUGGAAGGUGUUGUACAGCCUUUUGAUUUGACUGUUUGCUUAUAACAAUGGAGUGCAUAAAUUAGAAACUUCUAACUGCACUGGCUUUGGAAGAGAUAUAUGUAUAAUACAUUUAUUCUGUCAGAUUAAAAAUAAAGUAUGAACUUAUGACUUUCUUCCUCUAAUUAUAGAAAGUUAAAUAAUGUAUUACCAUGAAAAAUAUUUCUAAUAAAUAGAACAUACCCAAUUGCAGGGUUCCUAAUGUGUAUUUUUAAAGCACAUAUCUGCUUAGCUAGAAAUCAAAUUAUCACGAGUAAAAUUUAGUGUUCAAAACUUUGAGAGCUCUUCACCUAUGUAUCACCAAAUAAAGGUUAUGCUGCUGUUUUUCUUUUGUGCCUUUUUUUCCCCCAGUUGAGAUUAAGCAGUUUGAUUUGCUAAAUUACAAUUUAGGCACUUCAGAGUCAUUGAAUUUAGAAGAGCAAUUUGGGAACAUGUUGACAUUGUAGAAAUUAUGUUCUUGCAUCAUAUCUUCUAAGAAAUGAUAAAUUAUUUGUGCCGAGUGGACAAAUGUUUAGUGGCGACCCUCCCUCCCUUGGGACUAAGGUAGAAAUUCCAAGACUGACUCACUGGCUUCAGGUUGUUGCUUAUCUGUCUGGUCACUAAUGAAAUGUUUACGCAUGGGAAAAAUCCCCAAAUGCUUUACAGCACAUGCGUUGUUAAUUUGAUGACCAUACCAUAGCUGUUGCUCCUGGAAAAUUCUAGGUAUUAAAAUCUGUGUUUGACAGAGGGAGAUGAGAAGCAAGUAAUGGAGUUUGGGUUAGGUUUUCAAGGACUAGGGAUUUGGUUACUUUUUAAAAGUGUGUUUAUAACCUUAAUUUUCAUAAAAGGUAAGUUUAAAAUGUUUAUAGCACCCUUACUUUAACUGGCAUCUGGAAAGAUGAAAGAAUCCUUUCCAUGAUAAACUAUCUUUCAUUCCAGUAACAAUUUUCACUAGAUACCAAAUAACUGGAAUGGUAUUCAGAUAAUGUUAACAGAUCCAAGCAAAUAAAUAUGACUUGGUGAUGCAGAUCCUUUUACUAGCUAAACUAGUGAGAGCAAUAAUUGGUAGGAUUGUGCUUUUAUAAAGUUAAAGAUUAUCCCCUUCUCAUUUUUUUUGUGCAUAAUACUUGCCUGGUGCUAGAUUUGAUAGACAAAAUAUUUUGAAAUGUUGGCCCCCAUGGUGAUUGUGCUUUGUAAGUUAAUAAGCUUUGUUAGGUUAUGAUUAGGACCCUAAAAAAUUUCCGAGCAGUUUUUAAUCUUCAUUCUACAUUUCUGGGCAUUUGUAAUAUGGUAUUUUACUGGGAAAAUAUAUAUAUAUAUAUAUUUUUAAUUAAAGUUUUGUGUUCAGAUGAUGGGGAACAGAAGUUCAGAAGUAUAUUUGUUCUAAUAAAGUAUUAAGACGGUUUAACUACCAAUGCACACAUCCACAGUUGUUUCAGUUUAAAAUUCCAUAAACUGGUGUGAAUUUGCAUUUUAUUUUGAAUUAAAGCUGGUUUACACUUUGAAAUUUUAUGGCAAAUUGCUGUGCCUGAGAUGUUAAAUCACACAGUUCAUGCUUUUCCUAUGUUUUCUUUAAGUGACAUUUGGGAAUUGAGUGACUUAAAAAAAUUUGUUACCAUUCAGCUUUUGCAACAAAGUUUUGAAGUUCUGAAUAAAAGUUAAGUGAUGUGGUGAGGAGUUAAAAGCCCCAUAAAUUAUUUUCAUCAUUCUCAAAAAUAACAAAUGUUUUCCUUAUCUGAUUGGUGUACUGGUUAGACUGCAUUUAAAAUUGUUAAUGAAGAAUGUUGCUGGGUUAGAGCUUAAAUUUUUAAACUUGGAAAUGUGUGAGAAUUAAUUAGAAAAUGCAUGCUUUACACUUUUAAAUACAUUGCUUUAACAUUGUCCACCCCCUACUUACCCCCAGAAAUUCACAAUAAUUUUGCAUGUGCACAAACUUCAUCAGGAACAGGUUAUGGAGCUACAGAUCUUUUUUCUUUAUCGGGAUUCAGUAUUUACCUUUGAACCUUGGUCCCUUUUUACUUACUAGUUACACUGACCAAUGUUUUAGAUUGCAGAGAUACCUAGAAUUUUGAGACUAAUCAUAGUUACACGUUGUUUUACCAUUCCAAGUUUUGUGAUUUUUGUUGAGUUCUGCUUACCACAUUUCCUGCAUUGUUUUCCUUUAAAUGACUGCAGUGUGUGCCGUGCGCCAUCCAAAAGAUGGAGCUUCAAGUGGUUACCCCAGGGUCUGAAACAUUGUAGUAAGAGGUUGGAGUGCUGUCUACUGAAAGAUACUCUUAAAUAUGUAGCGUGUAAUAUUUUCUAAUAAAUUCUUUUGAUAAACA